AUGGCUAUUGAACUGACCAAAAACGGCUCUGAAGAGUCUGCAUGGGUAUUCCAUGGUCCAAAAGAACCACCACUCUUGGACUGGGAUACUGCUCAGCUCAUACAGUUUGGGGCGCUGAACUACCCUACCCAUACUGCUAUAAUCUCCUCCUGGCAGGGGAAGAGGUCAACAUACCAAGAGCUCCAGCAGGACGUCCAAUCCCUUGCAAGGGGUUUGUUGGCGUUUGGAGUUCAACAUGGUGACCGUCUCAUGGUUCUCGCUGGGAACAGCAUUGAAUUUGUUCACCUUUACCUGGCAACAACGUACAUCGGUGCUAUAUUCACGAUUAUCAACCCUAUGUUUACUAUCAAGGAGGUAUCCGCUGCUGUUGAGCUCAUAGAACCUCGAAUGGUGUUCGUGUCACGACGGAUCGGCUUUCGCAAAAAUGACAAGAUGAUUCAAAUGGUCUCCGCUGCAACCGGCACUCCAGAGAAACUGCCACAACUGAUCUAUUUUGGCGCCCAAACUUCUGAGUAUGGCACUGCACUAUCCUACGACCAGUUUCUCGAGCGCGGCAAGACGCUCGGCGAGGACCAUGUGCACGAGGACACCCACGUAGCGCCGGAAGAUGUGUGCUGCUUUCAGUUUACCAGCGGGACAACAGGACCAAGGAAGGCUUCGAUGUUGUCUCAUAGGAACUUCAUCAAUAAUGGCAGACUAGUUGGGGAUUUGUUGGGCCUCACAGAAAAGGACAUACUCUGCUGCCCUCCACCACUCUUUCACUGCUUUGGGCUUGUCUGUGGACUCCUGGCAUCGCUCUCUCAUGGAAGUACAUUGGUGCUUCCGUCUGAAGUCUUUGAUCCAGCCAAGGUGAUCGAAUCGCUUGUCAAGGAAAGAUGCACGGUAGUGAACGCAGUACCGACCAUGUUCCAAAGUAUUCUUGACCAGGAAGCGCUGGAUAAGUUGUUUUCCCAGCUUUGUCUUCGAACUGGUGUCAUCGCUGGAGCAAGUCUAUCCCGAGAUCUGCUCCAGAAGAUAAAUGACCGCCUGGGCUUGAGUGGUUUGAUAUACCCGUUCGGUAUGACCGAAUUGUCCGCAGUCAGCUUGUCAACAACCAGAGAGACAUCCCUUCUGUCUAACUGGACUACCGUGGGGAAACCACUACCACAUACAUCCGUCAAGGUUAUCGAUGCGUAUGGACAUGUACUUCCUCCAGGGAGCCCCGGCGAACUCUGUGUUUCCGGGUAUCUUGUCCACCAGGGAUACUAUAAGGCCCCGGAAAAGAGUGCGGAAGUUGUGCGCGUUGAUGAGAAUGGAACGACCUGGUUAUAUACCGGUGAUAUCGUCUCCCUUUCUCCGGAUGGCACAUGCACGGUUCUCGGAAGGGUCAAGGAUAUGAUCAAAAAGGGUGGUGAGAAUAUUGUUCCAAAAGACAUCGAAGAGAUUAUCGCGACUCAUCCUGCGGUUUCCAAUGUGGCAGUCGUUGGGGUUCCCGACCCUAAAUGGGGUGAAAAUAUCGCUACGUUUGUGCAAGAGGAGUCGGGCUCCCAAGGCACUUUGGCGGAAAAGGAGCUGAAGCUUUGGCUGCGAAAGCAUGACCUGGCCCCUCAUAAGAUGCCGGACUACUUUUUCAUUGCCUCGGAGGAAACCGGUUUGCCAUUCGGAUUACCUGUGAAUGCCAGUGGUAAGGUAUUGAAGACGGAGUUGAGGCUGUUGGCACAAAAGACUGUCAAGGGGAAAGGGGAUCGCAAGUAG